CCGGACUGCUGGAGAUAUCUGCGAGGAGGAGGAGCUGUCAAAGUUUCCCAGAGAAGGAAAAACUCUUUUCACUGAAUAAGACAGAAGUACCUACAGAUCCUUCAGUUUUGUGAAAGCGGAAUAUCGCGGGACAUUGGCAUGGAAUGACACCUUCUCACGCGGAGCUUCAAAACCACGAUGGCAGCCUGUUUAGUGAAGUGGAUCAGUCUCACCUCUGUGCUGUGUCUGGGCUGCUGUGCUCUGACGGAAAAGAAAGCAGUAUGCCAAGGCAUCACCAACCGCUUAAACCUACUGGGUUCAAAAGAAGACCACUAUGUGAACAUGGUGAAGACGUACAGCAACUGCACUGUGGUCCUGGAAAACCUAGAGAUCACCUACAUGGAGGAGCACCGUGACCUGUCCUUCCUCAGGUCUAUUGAAGAAGUUGGCGGCUACGUCCUGAUUGCCCUCAACACAGCGUCCAGGAUUUCUCUGGAGAACCUUCGUAUCAUUCGAGGUCAUUCUCUCUAUGAGGGAGACUUUGCUCUUGCUGUGUUAGCCAAUCAUGAAAAAACGACAGGUCAGGGCACCAAUGAGCUUAUUCUCACCAGCCUCACAGAAAUUCUUAAAGGAGGUGUAAAGUUUGGAACUGGUCGUCUAUGUAAUGUUGAAACAAUACAGUGGUACGAUAUCAUCAAUGCUGACAACAAACCUGUCAUGGAGCUCCCAUUGGCAAGCAAAAACCCGCGCUGUAAAACAUGUGACUCAAGCUGCUUCAACGGGUCAUGCUGGGCAUCUGGUCCUGAAAACUGUCAGACAUUUACUAAGCUGAAUUGUGCACAGCAGUGCUCUAGAAGAUGCAAAGGACCUUCACCCAGUGACUGCUGUAAUGAGCACUGUGCUGCAGGCUGCACGGGACCAAGGGCUACAGACUGUCUGGCCUGUCGGGAUUUCCAGGAUGAUGGGGUGUGUAAGGACGCCUGCCCGGGCCUCAUGCGCUACGACCCCAACCUGCACCAGCUGGUACCCAACCCACACGGGAAGUACAACUUUGGGGCCACCUGCGUCAAGAGCUGCCCACAUAACUAUGUUGUGACUGAUCACGGAGCAUGCGUGCGGACGUGCAGCGGUAACACAUACGAGGUGGACGAGGGAGGAAUCAGGAAGUGUGCAAAGUGUGAUGGGCCGUGUCCAAAAGUGUGUAAUGGACUUGGAACAGGGAACAUGACUCACACCCUGUCCAUUAACGCCACCAACAUUGACUCCUUUAAAAACUGCACUAAAAUCAAUGGAAACAUAGCCAUCAUUUUCACUUCAAUUCAUGGGGACACGUACACCAAAACACCAAAGAUGAUUCCCUCCCAGCUUGAUGUGUUUAAGACGGUGAAAGAAAUUACUGGAUAUUUGUGGAUUCAAACGUGGCCGGAAAGCAUGACCUCACUGAGUCCUUUUGAGAAUCUGGAGAUCAUUCGGGGGCGAACUAAACGUGGCAGUCGCAGCGUGGUGAUGGUUCAACUUAACAUCCAGAGCCUCGGCCUUCGCUCCCUCAAAGAAAUCAGUGAUGGAGAUGUGGUCAUCAAUAAGAACGAGAACCUGUGUUACACUGAUAAAAGCCACUGGAAGAGGCUCUUCAAAUCAUCCAGCCAAACUGCGACCAUAGAGGAGAACUCUGAUCCUGCUAUGUGUGCUGGAAGGAACGAAACGUGUGACAGGAAGUGUACGGCUGAUGGCUGCUGGGGCCCCGGCCCGGACAUGUGUUUUGCCUGCCGUGACUUCAGCCGUGAAGAGAGCUGUGUUGACUCCUGCAACAUCUUGGAGGGAGAGCCUCGGGAGGCGGUCAUGAAUAAAACCUGCAUGGAGUGUCACCCCGAGUGUCAACGCAUGAAUGGGACUGCAACCUGUAGUGCGCCUGGCUCUGGAAACUGUACAAAGUGUGCCAACUUCCAGGAUGGACUGUUCUGUGUGCUUCGCUGUCCACAAGGCGUGCCAGGGGAGGAUGACACGCUGGUGUGGAAAUACGCGGAUGAGAUGAAAGUGUGCCAGCUCUGCCACAACAACUGCACCCAAGGGUGCAUCGGGCCUGGUUCUGACGGCUGCAAAGGUAGAAGCACUUCCGGUCUCUCCAUGAUUGCUGCUGGUGUGGUUGGUGGACUGCUGGCUGUUCUCAUCGCGGGCCUGUCUGUGUUCGUGUUGCUACGCAGACGACACAUCAAGAGAAAGAGAACCAUGCGCAGAGUUCUCCAAGAGAGAGAGUUGGUUGAACCUCUCACUCCGAGUGGAGAGGCACCGAACCAGGCUCUGCUGCGGAUCCUGAAGGAGCCGGAGUUUAAGAAAAUCAAAGUGCUUGGAUCAGGAGCUUUUGGUACAGUAUACAAGGGCCAGUGGGUUCCAGAGGGAGAGAAUGUGAAGAUCCCCGUUGCCAUCAAGGUUUUGAGAGAAGCCACAUCACCCAAAGCAAACAAAGAGAUUUUGGACGAGGCUUAUGUGAUGGCCAGUGUUGAACACCCCCACGUGUGUCGUCUGCUCGGCAUCUGCCUGACCUCCACAGUGCAGCUCGUCACCCAGCUGAUGCCUUACGGCUGCCUUCUGGACUACAUCAAAGAGAACAAGGACAACAUCGGCUCCCAGUGCCUGCUCAACUGGUGUGUGCAGAUAGCCAAGGGUAUGAACUACCUGGAGGAGCGCCACCUGGUGCAUCGAGACCUGGCAGCGAGGAACGUCCUGGUUAAAACUCCCCAACAUGUCAAGAUCACAGACUUUGGUCUGGCCAAACUCCUCAACUCAGAUGAGAAAGAGUACCAUGCGGACGGUGGAAAGGUACCAAUAAAAUGGAUGGCUCUUGAAUCCAUCCUGAACAGGACAUACACACACCAGAGUGACGUAUGGAGUUAUGGAGUAACAGUUUGGGAGCUGAUGACAUUUGGGACCAAACCGUACGAUGGGAUUCCUGCCAGUGAGAUAGCCGGGGUCCUUGAAAAAGGGGAGCGACUUCCUCAGCCACCAAUCUGUACCAUUGAUGUGUACAUGAUCAUGGUGAAAUGCUGGAUGAUUGAUGCAGAUAGUCGCCCUCGCUUCCGGGAGCUGAUAGCUGAGUUUACAAAGAUGGCUCGUGAUCCUUCUCGCUAUCUGGUCAUUCAGGGGGACGACUGCAUGCACCUGCCGAGCCCCUCCGACACUAAACUGUACCGCAGCCUGAUCAGCGGGGAAGACAUGGAGGACACUGUGGACGCAGACGAGUACCUGGUGCCUCAACAUGGCUUCUUCAGCAGCCCGAGCCAUUCACGCACUCCACUGCUUCACUCCUUAAGCGUCACCAGCAGCAUUGGAAGGUGUCACAGCAGAAAUGGCUUAACGAAUGCGUACCCGAGCAGAGAUGGAAGCAUGGUUCUCCGGUACAUUCCUGACCCCACAGACAAAAAUUUAGACAACGCCUUCCAGCCAGCUCCAGACUACAUGAACCAGAACGGUGUCUCAGAUGUGAUGAAUCCCGUCUACCAGCAGCCUGGCCCUCCUCGCACCAUCCUCCCCACCAUCUCUUCAGAUGACGCUGAGUCAGAGUACCUGAAUUGCUUUAAAAACGAGGACAGCAGACCCGAGUACCUCAACGAGCUCCCGUCCCCCGCCAUCCUCCCUCUCACCUCCAACGGCACGGUCCACAGCAUUCAAAAAUACCAGCCACAGAACAGCAUAGACAACCCUGAUUACCAACAGGACUUCACACCCACGUUCAAAACCCAUACUAAUGGACACAUUCCCGCGGCGGAGAAUGCAGAGUACCUGGGACCAGAUUGAGGACUGCGUUGACACAAAAUAAGAGACUUCAUUUAGAAAGGGCAUUGAUGUCUUGGCUGGGAAAGCAUAGCUAAAUGGUACCACCAGUUAUCAAAUAUGUUGUAUCCAUCCGUACAGAGACACGGGAUGGUUUGUGCAGCUUUGUGUUGUUUGUGUGCAGUCAAACUCGCCACACAAAACCCCCUCCUCUCAUUUAAAAUAUUUUCAGACUACAAAAGAUUUCUUCGUGAAGAAAGCUGGAUGAAAACCGACCCCUUAAUGACUCUGUCGACUUGAGACUUUCUGGGCCAGACAUGCAAAAAGUGAAAGCCUCUCUUGUACAGCGAGCGGCUCUAGAGCAGAAAACAAAGAACACACAACUGGCAGCUCAACUCAAAAUAAAAACCAACCUAAGGUACAUGUGAUGUUUCAUCACAAGUUAGAUACACAAUCACUCAACAAUAUCCACGGACAUAAACACACAGUGGUGCUUUCUGCCUUGAUUUGAAGCCACAGAAGUUUUCACUGUGAUGAAGUCAAGAUGAUUAAAGGGAGCUUUACAGGGCAUAAUGCUGACUGUUCUGGGUCCUCAGAGGCCUGACGACGCUCGUCUUCAAGGAUGAGUCAAUGAGAAAGCAAAAUGUUGCAAUGUAUAGAAUGUAAAGUCAGUUUAAAGGGGAGUACUGACGACUUUAAGGUUUAAAUAUGUUACCUUUAUACCUAAGACAGUUCUAUGUGUACUACAUAAAUUGCUGAUCUCAGAACAAUAUACUCACAAGAUAUGUGAUGUAACACUAACUUUAAAGAGAACGUCAUGAUUAAUAUCUCAAAUGUCACACUGUAGUGUUCAGACUCCUGUAGCUGGCUAACACUGCAGCACAAUACUCUGUGCACCCAGGAAGUGUUUUAUUAACGAUUAUUUCCCACACACUCAGAAUUUUUUAUGAUCAACACAGGAACACAAUUCAUCAGGAAAAACUGUUGAGCAGUUCAAACAAAGACCUCCCACUGCAUUUUAAUUCAUGUGUCACUACUUUUGUGUUGUUGUUUUUUACUUGUUUGAAAAUGCUGGAUGAACUGUCUUAGGUCAUGUGAGUAACUUGUUUGAAAUGUGUAGACUAAAGUAGUAUCUCCCUGUAAAUAUGAGUUUUAUUUGAAUGUCUCUAUGUCCAGUCAGAAGUAAGGACUCUUUCUGACGUGUCUACAUUAUUUCCUAAAGAUCUGUCCUUGUCUAAUUUCUUUUUAACAAAAAGUGUAGACUUUUGUUCCGCACAGGGUGUUGACACCACAUCUAUGAAUCUUCUCUUCUAUAAAGACUUGUAGUCUUAUGAGAGCAUUAACUUUGCGAGCAUUAUUCCUAGUUUUAAAGGAAUAUACUAUUGUAGCAGCCUGUAAACCUACUUUUGCAGAUUUUACACAGGUACAUGUACAGAAAACAGACAUUGUGCUGUAAUUUACUCCCAAAAUAAUCACCUAUAAUUUAUACUCAGUAAACACUUUUUGUCACACCAUA